AUGAAUUUGGCUGAGCAGCAUGUAUUGUUUCUCAACGGGGAGGCUUAUGUUGAGUUUGAUGUCAAAGAAAGCUACAGAAGAAACCAGCUUCUGCAAGCCAUUCUGGAUUCUGGGAAGGAAGGAGACUCUCUGGGUUUUGACAGUGUUGAAAUCAAGAUGAGGACUCUUGAGCUGUCAGUGGAGGGAAAUGUGUCAGAUGGACAGUGGCUGUUCUUCAUCUGCGCAGAAGAGGCUCCUUUUUCUCUCUGUUUCUGGAUGAUCGCGAGCGAUAUCCCAGAGAUCAUCCAAAACUUAGGUUUUAGAGGAUGUGUGGAAUACAUCAAAUACAACGGCCACCUCUUAUCCUUCAACGGCCACAAUGAUAUAGUUGAGUCCAGCUCCAGCCUGUCUGCCUUUCAGACCUUCUGUGUUUCUCCAAUCUACUGUGUUCUGACUCCGUGCCUUGAAGAUUCCUGUCUGUCUGAGCCCUGCUGGAACAACAGUGACUGUGGAUCUUCAUCCAGAGAUGACUACUGGUGCAUCUGUCUGCCCUCAGAGUCUUCAUGUGGAUCAUGCUCAUCCGACCUCAUCCAUAGUGAUCCCUGUUCUCCAACCAAAAAAACUGCCCCGUUAUGGAUUGUUGCAGUCGUUAUUCCCAUUGCCCUCAUUUUGCUGAUCCUAGUUCUGUGUUUUGUCCUCAGGAGACAUCAAAAUCAUAGUGAAGUUGAAAAGAAGAGUCAUAUCUACCUUAUGCCACCUAACAAACCACAUGGCAUGGAUAACCUGGCGUUUAGUUUAAGUCCCGCAGAGAUGCCAAACAUCUCAAAUGAACCAAACAAGCAGCCAGAUUUGAUUAAACCAAGGGAUUCAACGCAAGGAGUGGAACGUUUUACUGAAAGUGGUCCUUUGUGUCACGUCUCAGGUUUUGCAGGAAGUGAACUGGAGUAUUAUGAGAUUGACAGCACAUACUCGGAUGUGAUGAAGACGGAAGAUGAACAGGCAAAUGCAAAAGUUCCUCAAUCCACCAUGCAGCCUCAAAAUAAUCACAAACCAUCUCCUAAGCUUCAUCUGAAGACACCCGGAGGUGAUUUUCACCAAUGGCAGCAUCAAUCCCACUUGUUCUUCAAGAGAAAACUAGCUCCUGACCUUACAGGCCCACCGCAGUACCUAUCUGCUGAUGAGGUUGAGAAACUGAACACCCCACGAGAUGGCAAAAGACACUUGAAUCAGAAUUGA